CACCUUGGUACCCCUUCAUCUUUUAAUCAACUCCACAAUAAAAUGGCUGGGAUUGCAUUAGAUCAGUGGUUCUCAACCUGUGGGUCGUGACCCCAUUGGGGGUCGAAUGAUGAUUUGCCAGGAGUCGCCUAAGACCAUCGGAAAUAUGGGAAGUAUACUUGUGAGUCGAAGAAUUGCGCUCCAAUGGUUGACUCCACAAACCAGCUGCAGGCUCUUCAAAUCGCUAGCCGAAUUCGGCUUCAGGUGCGAUGAAUUAAAAAAAAGAGAAAUCUUUGCUCUGAUGUCUCCCUCUCAAGUCAGCUGCAAUCACUCCCAAUCGCUAGCCUAAUCUGGCUUCAGGCGUGAUAAACUUAAUAGGGGAGGAGUCUCUGCUUUAAUGCCUCCGUCCUCAAGGCAAUCGCAAGCAGUUCAGAUCACUAGCCAAUACGGCUUCAGGCGCGAUAAAUUCAAAACGAAAAUAAUUUUACGGUUGGGGUCGCCACAUCGUGGGGAAUUGUAUUAAAGGGGUCGCAGCACUAUAAAGGUUGAGAACCACUGCAUUAGAUGGAGAAAGAAAGUUUAAUAUUUGUCCUUCCUUGGUCCAGCUGAAAAUUAAUUCAUCCUAAAUUUCUGUUUGUAUUGGGAGGAAAUAAGAGUGGUGAAUUUCCUCUCAUUACAAAUAACUCCAUAGGAUUGAUUUUUAUUAGGACUGCAGAGUGCCAGAAAGAUUUAAAUGUGCUUCCUAUAUCUGCUGCGAUCUUUAUAAUUAUUUCUCUUCUCUGCAGCUAUUUGCUGAUGAACAUUAAACACAUAGAUAUAUUGUGAUUUAACGUAUCUAAUUUGGCACUACAGGUAGUGCUCGACUUAUGACCACAAUUGAGCCCAAGAUUUCUGUUGCUAAGCAAGACAUUAGUUAAGUGAAUUUUAGCCCAACUGUGGCAUUUCUUGCCACAGUUGUUAAGUGAAUCACUGCAGUUGUUCAGUUAGUAACGAUUGUUAAGUGAACCUGGCUUCCCCAUUGACUUUGUUUGUCAGGACGCAAAAGGGAAUCACAUGAUCUUGGGACACCUCAGCCUUCAUAAAUAUGAGUCCAAGCAUCUGAAUUUUGAUCACGUGACCAUGGGGAUGUUUCAGUGGCUGUAAGUGUGAAAAACAGUCAUAAGUCCCUUUUUUCAGUGCUGUCGUAAUUUUGAAUGGUCACUAAACGAACUGUUAUAAGUCAAGUAUUACCUGCAUUCUGACGUAUUUUAUAUGAUCCACUAGUGUGCUGUUAGAGUAGAAAAUGAGAGUUGAGGAGUAAUUUCAGUGGAAACACAUUUCCUGUGGGAUUUUUUUUUUUUAUUAUUUGGGAAAAUGCACUUUCUUAUGUUGCAUGUAUGAUUCGAUUUGCUGUUUUGUGUAGUCUUACUGGCCAGAUAUCAACUGCAUAUUGUUUUCUUGAUAUGCAUCUUAUUAAAAUAGAAGUCUAUCUUAUUGCACUUUAAUCAUAAUUUGCCUUGUGGCCGCUGCUUUGCAAAAGACCAUAAUCUUAAACUUGUUUUGAAAACUGAAAUCAUGCUAAAUAACUUCCAAAUGGACAUCAAAUUUUAUGAAGAUGGGGAUUCUUCCUGCAGCACGAAGCUUGCUUGCUGUAUGUUGAAAAACUAUGGGAAUCAGGGGACUAAAAGUCUCGUAAAAAUAACCAGAUUGAGCUUUUUGUGUGUAAGUGUAUGUGUCGUGGUGCUUAUACAAUGGGAUUUUUAUAUAGCGCUUCUGAGAGCUGCAUUAAAUUGGCCCAUCUGGUUUUCUUCUCUGAAAAGGCUUAGCUGUAGAAAGCCAUAAUUUCUGGAUCAAAGCAGCUCGGUUAAUUAUUCCUGAACCAUAAGAAAAUUAAUAUACAUAUUUUGUUUCCUUAGAAAGCACAGGAAGACAAUGAAAAUAAUGUCAGCCACUUAAUGACUCUUUUGUACCUUUCAACCGAGAGACCUCAAAAGAACAUCAAGAAAAAUCAAGGCAAAUGCUAUUCCCAGCUGGUAUCAUUAAACAUCUUGUAUUCUCCAGAAAGGGGAGGAAAAAAAACAACAACCUCUGUUGGUAUUCUGGAAGGACUGAAGCAUAAAUAGCACUAAAAUAAAAUAUGUAUCUCUGGAGCCUUGAUACCUGCUUUAUUAGAAUUCAGACAAAUUGGAUAAUUACAAGAGAAGCUCAACUUAGAGGACUCAAUUAAUAUGUGGUAUGACUUGUUAAAAGUUGCUCCUUCCAAACAAAGGAUUACUUCACUGUUUUCAAAUUACAAAUGAAAAGUACACUCCAUCAAUAACAUAGCAGCCUCUGCAGCUGGAGUGUGAUCUUUGUGCCAUUAUUUCAAACUCAGGUCAGAUGACAGAACAGAAAGUAGGAUCUGAAAUUGACCAGGCUUCCUGUAUAUGGAGAAUGAAUAAUGCUCCUACCAAGGGCUAUGAAGAAGAUGUUGGAAAAAGGACAACAAUAAGAGUUGUCUCCCAUACUAGUGUCCCUCUUUUGCUGAAGAAUGCAGACUACUUUUUCAAGGAAACCAAUAGUACAAUUUAUGUCAUCUGGGGACCUUUCCGAAAUAUGAGAAAAGAUGGAAGCGGCAUUGUAUAUAAUAUGCUGAAGAAGACUGUGGACAGUUAUCCUGAGGCCAAAAUCUAUGUGACCACUGAAAAACGUAUGAGCUACUGUGAUGAGAUAUUUAAAAAGGAAACUGGGAAGGAUCGAAUCCAGUCUGGCUCCUAUCUCAGCACUGGUUGGUUCACCUUAAUUCUAGCAAUGGAUGCCUGCUACAGAAUACAUGUCUACGGAAUGAUAAAUGACACCUACUGCAAGUCAGAAGGCUUUAGGAAAGUCCCGUAUCACUACUAUGAACCUGGGAGGAGUGAAUGCGAUGAGUACUUCCUUCAUGAAAAUGCACCCUAUGGAGGCCACAGAUUCAUCACAGAAAAGAAAGUAUUUGCCGAAUGGUCUAAGAAACAUACGAUAACAUUUACACACCCUAACUGGACUUUGUCUUGAUGCUGGUUGUUUCAGACUUCCACAACAUAAGCCCUGGAUUUAUAUGACAAUCCUCCUUAGGUGAUAGCGCAGAAUGUGAUGGUCCUGCUGUGUGCUGUUUGUGUGUCUGUGUGUACUCAGCUGUGGAGGAUUCUUAUUCUGUCUCAUUUUAACUGGAUUUUUUGUUUCCAUAGAAGUUCAACAUGGUCACAGCUUAUUUGCUAGAGGACUUCUGCUAAGCGGGGAAAACACUAUCCUAUGCAAGCUCAGUGCUCUGGCUUCUGUGGAUAAUGUCUCUAGUACUUGAAUUUCAGUGAUAAAUGUUACUAUGAAAGCAACCCACCCACCUUUUGGGCAGUAACAGCCAGACAAAUCAGUCCUGUAAAUAUACAGUUUGCAUGGCUGUAGAUUUAUUGCAAAUGAGCCACUUAGAGAUGUGCUAAGAAGAUCCUGAUUGCACUUGAUUUCUAGAAGAGGGCUGACUAGGUCUGAACUCAGAGACAAUCCAUGUGGCAGAAUGCCUUCAUCACCUCCAGGUGUUCUGACAUGGUCUCCAUUUUCUCAGCAUGUAUUUAUUUAAGUUAUAUCCCCUUUUUGGAGCACAACUAAGAAUGGUGUCUAAGUCCAGGUAUAUCGUUUUGGGCAAUGACAUUUCUUGUGAUCUCGAGCGAUUCUCAGUUCUCAAACACCUACCUCACCAAGGGUGUUGUAAAGAGAAAUCAAUGCAGCUGCAGUGAUUUUUUUUAACCAAUCAAAUAUGCUUAUUUAUAUAUUUUUAUAUAAGUUCAUGGAUUCUUGGCACAUAUUCCUCCUUAUCUCCUAUUUAAGAAUACUAAACCCGUGUGUAUGAAAUCAUUUCUUUGAAACUCUACAGCGACAUUCCAACUCCGAAAGCUCCGCGUGGAUUAAUUUCUUCAAAAGAUUCUUUUGCGCAUAUUUUUUCCUCCUUUGAUGGUAAGAGAGCCUGGAAUGCUUAAUAGCUUGCCCAUGUGUAAUUGAAGUGCUGCACGCCUUGUUUUAUCCAUGCCACAGAGAGCAUACAAAGCAUUCGAUCAUUUAAAUUCCAUUUUACUUAGAAAGAUUUAUUACAGAGAUAUGAGAUCUAAAAAGCAGGGAAGAAAGAAGUGACAGACAUUAUAGCGAAAUUUCAUUCUAUUUUUUAAGUUGAGGAACCAUUUCAAUUUAUAUCAGGGGUGUGUGCGUGUGUGUGUGUAAAACAGCCUAAAUAACUUCACGUUCCAUAUCAUUUCAAAAAAUUCCUUAAAAAUCUGCAAAAUACUUGCAUAUCCUUACUGCAAUACUGUAAUCAUACUGCUAAAACUUGAAAAAAAGGUGUAUUGAUCAUUUUUGUAUAAAAUGCUCAAAGAGGCUAAGUAUUGAAUUCAUCCCACAUUUUGUAUUGCUUUGCUGAAUCAUGAAAAGGCGAUUGCAAAGUCAUAUUUUUUUACAUAUUAAAAAGUUUGUAUAAGGACCGGGUUUUGUAUUGUAUAUUUGUAUAUGGAGAGGUCCUACAUAAUCUCAUUUCCACUGUUACCAAGUGCCAUGCUGCUACAUAUUGUGUGGUUGUGUAUUUUGACCCAAGGAUAGUUUUCUUCUGCUCCAGUAGCCAAAGGUAAAUUGUUCGUUCUCAUCCUGAGAAAUUUUGGUAACAUCUAGUAAGUUACCACAAGUCUCUGUUUUAUUUGGGAGCUUGUCACUACCUCAAAGAAAACACAAAGUUGUGUCAGAUGGUUCAGCAGUCAAGGGUUAUAACAGAAUGUGUGUAUGGAAAAUAUCAUUUACCAUCAGUAUAUUCCAGUGCUCUGCAUUUUUACUAUUCUUCUGUUGAUUCCAGGUUUUUCCCCCAUGACUAUAUUAUUACUUCUGAUUUGUUUGAAUUGUUUUAAUAUGCUAUAUAUCGUUUUGAAAGCCAGAUAUUUCUCUUUUUUUUUAUAGAACUCCAUAUGCAUUGUACUUGGUAGGUAUAGCAUGAUAUGAAUGCUAAUAAGAUAUUAAAGUAGGAUUUAGAAAUUUAUGAUCACAUGUAUAACACCCACAUAUAUCCAUUUUAUGCUACCUCUGUAAUACAGUUUCCUUCCAGAAAAUCCUCCUAGUUACAACAGUGUCAAGAAUACUUGAUUCCUAGACAUCCUCACUAUUUCUUGGAAUUACAUGAUCAAAUUAAAUCACUUUGGAGUCUGUAGGGUAGAUAUUUACAGAGAAGAGCCAACCAAGGUGGGAGCUGAAAGUUGUAAUACUAAGUCAAUACUAUGAUAAUUGGCCUAUCUAAAAGAAAGAAAGAGAAGAGAAACUUGGUUGUUGUUUAACUGUUUCCUUGAUUGUGUUGUACAGAUCUCUUUGAUCUUAAUAGUUUUCGGGUUUGCUAUUUGGGCGAAAUCAGAUGUUGGCAAUUUGAAUUUGCUGCCCAUGAACUAAUUCCAAACUUACAUCUGAGCAAUCAGUUCUUCAGCUUUGUAGAAAGAAUAUUCCCAUAAUCCUUUGCUUUUUCCAUUGCUACCCCACAUUAUCGAGGUUGGAAUAAGACCUUCAGUACAAAUCUACCUCCAACAAAUGUAUUGAUUUUUCCACAUAAACACUACCCUAAUGAUUGAGUCAUGUGCCCUGCAGUGUUUCGGAUUCAAUUACAGGUAAUCCUCAACUUAUAACGAUUUGUUUAGUGACCAUUUGAAGUUACAAGAGCACUGAAGACUGGUUUUUCAUCCUUACAAUGAUUGUAGCAUUUCCAUGGUCAUGAUCAAAAUUUGGAGGCUUGGCAACUGGCAUGUAUUUAAGACAGUUGCACUGUCCUGACUGGCCAUGUCUUGACUCAUGUGAUCACCAUUUGCAACCUUCCCAGCUGGCUUCUGACAAGCAAAGUCAAUGGGAGAAGCCAGCUUCACUUAACAACCAUAUGAUUCACUUAACAACAAGCAUAAAAACUUGUAAAAUGGGGCACAACUCACUUAACAACGCCUGCUUAGCAAAAGAAAUUUUGGUCCCCAUUGUGGUCAUAAGUCAAGGACUAUCUGUAUAUGGAAUUUGAGUAAUAUUUGCAUUACUAGCCUCAUACUAUUUAGAUUCUGUCUUAUCUCAGCACUCUCUGUACUGUGGUACAAUCAUUUUAUCAUAUAAAUUUUUUUUUCUUUAUCUUGAUCUUAAGCAAGUAUAUGCUAGCAUAACUGAAGGCCCCUUAUUAAUGAUCACAUUUUCUUAUGUUAUUUUUCUACAUUUAUAUAACUUACACCUUUCAAGAUGGCCACUCAGGGGUAGAUUUAAGGAUGGAGCUGGAAAUUAUUAUGUUCCUAGCAUAAUAUAACUAAUUAUACCUGGCAUUUAUAUUCACAUAUUCUUCCAAAGUAUCCCGUUUAUUGAAGAGUAUGAUUUCUGUAAUAAAAGCUGCAAAAAAUAUUAUUUAGUAACUGGUAGAAAUGAUGAAGAAUCUACUUUAACCCCAGUUGAUUAUAGGAAUUGACUUCCAAGUACAUUGGAAUCAAAAGCUAACUUUAGAACUGUAGGCUUUCCUGACUGAAAGUAGGUUUCAGUGAAACUUACAAUACUUAAACAGUACAGAAAUUAUAUUUAACUUGCACUUACUUUACUGAAUUUAAUCUCAUUCCACAAGUAAAACAGAUUUUAAAAAUCUAUGCCAACUAGUGCCAGCUAUCACCAAUUAUCAUAAAAAGACCUAAGAAAAUAACAAGGAUACCAAAUUAAUUUGGUAUUAGCAACUUCACAAUCCAGAGCAGCAUAAAUUACAUAAAUACUGUAUAUGUUGCACUGAGAGAAAUUUCAACCAAACGUUGCAAUUAUCAACUAUAAUAAAUUAAUUAAGAAAGCUUUAAUGGUCCACUAAUUAUGCUCUCUUUUGGAAUGGAGACAAAGAAUAUGUUUAGGAAGUUAAAAAGGUAAAAACUCAAUAAUUUGAUCAAAUAAGAAACCUAAGCUAAUAAAAAUACAUAUGGGGAAAUGCCUCUUCUCCAUUCAUGAGAUGUCUGAAAAUGAUUUGGUGAAUAGCUUGAGAUGCUUGAAAGAGCAAUUUAGCUGUGCAAGUGGAAGUUAGGAUUUUAAAAAUGCCAUUGGAGAAAUUGAAAAUUGAAAUAUAGGAACAAGAAAAUGAUAGGAGAAAGAUAGUAUCUUGACUGAGCUCAGUUCCUGGAAGCUUACAUGAAUAUUGGAGCUAUGAUAGUGAAGUACUUUGCCUGUGUUCUUCUUAAUUUUUUAAAAAAAACAUACCUACUAGGAUUUUAAUAUGGAAAUAAAUCGGGAAAAUUUCUUAGCUCAACUUAACACCUAUUAAAGGAACUGAUAAAUUCAUGGUAAGCUAAUAUAUAAAUAUAUUGGUUGCUUUUUAUCCGUAUGUGCCAUUACUUGAGGAGACCAUUAAUGCAACAAUAGAGAUAAUAAAAUUAUAGAUAAACUAAAACAAAUGAAAUUAGAAUGGUUAUUCAAAAGAGUCACCAUAGAUAGCGAGAUGGAUAGCAUACGAAUUUAAUAAAUAAAUAAAGUAAUUAACAAAACAUUGAAUGUUUAUUUGUAAUCAGUUGACUAGUUAUGUGGCAACAAAGAGGUGUUAUUUUAGCUAAUAGAGCCAGCUUAGAGGUGUUGUCUCUAAGCUGAUUCUUAGAAACAGAUUUUCUCCAACCUGGUCAUUCAAGUGUUCCUACACUGAAGCUAUUGUUGAGGUUAUUGAGUCCAUCCACUUACUAUUGGUCAUCUUCUUUUCUUUCCUUACAUCUUUCCCAAUAUUAGUCUUCUCCAGAGAGCUUGUUCUUUGAUCAUUUGAGCAAUCAUUUGUGACUCAAGUAAAAAGGCUGAAUUGAUUUGUUCGAUAAUCCAUUUGUUUGUUUUCUUAGUUGCCCAUGGUAUUCUCAGGAGACUUCUACAACAUCAUAGUUCAGAAGUAUCAAUAAUCUUUCUAUCUUGCUUUCUCAAAGUCCAAGAUUUGUCACUACACUCCAUUUAUUCCAUAUAUAAAUCCACAAAUGUUGUAUAAAAAUAAACAAGGAACAAAGCUAAAAUUCCUUGCACACUGAACAUAUAAAGAAUUCAAACAAAUAGAAUUAAUAAUUAAUUUAUUGUUAACUGUUACUUAUUUUGUGAAUACUGAAAUGAGUAUAAAUAAUGGGUUAUUUAAAACUACUUAAGACACUUAUUUUAAGGUUAAACUUUCAUAAAUUGAUAAACUUGCCUGCCAUCAGCAAAAAUUGUGAUUAAUCAGAGUUGCAAGUUAUUUACUUUAUUGGCUAAUUUUUGGCAGAAGCUAGAGAUAAGUAAACACCCCCCCCCUUUUUUUUAAAUAAUUCCCUCUGCUUGCCUCUAUAAACUCUGUUAAAUAAUUCAAACUUCAAAAAAAAUAAGAAAAAUGGAGGUGAUAGGAAUACAGCUUCCAUUGCAAAUGGUAAUACUAUAGGUGGAAUGGAAUUUAUAUUUAGUUACCUAGAACUGUCAAGAAACGGGCUGAAUUAAUAUAGAACAGUGUCAAUCCUUUAUAAAAACAUAGCACCUUUUUUUCUGAAGGAAAAUUUCCUGAAGGUAUCACUGACAUGUUUUUUAGAUUUUUACAAGCUCUAGUAGGAUUCAACAGAUGCUAAGGGUAUCCAACACUGUUCCUCACAGAGACAACUGGUCCGGAUAUUAUAAAUUAUCAAUCAACUGUCAUAAACACAACUGCAGGAAGGUUCCCCAAACC